CUAAAAGUCUAAAACAAGGAGCAUAGUUCUGUCAAACUUCUCAGCGUCGUAUGCACUAUACUCAUCAUCGUUCCUCUAUCCCAAGUUCAACAUGCGCCGCAUCCUUUCUGAGUAGUGUCUGCAUUUUCUACUUCAUCAGCAUCCAUUCAUUUGAUUGACCUCAGAAGCAUGACAUAACAGUCCCUGCUUCUGUGCUUCUGAUGUUAAAUUGAUGGGAUAUUCAAAUUCACUUCAGGCCAAGAGCUCACAUUUAUAGUGGCAGAACACAAGGGAUGUUGCGUAGAAUUUCAGAAUUUGUAUACAUAGAUGCUUGCAUGGUCUCACAAAUUGUCACCAUUAUAGUACUUGAGAGAUUGAAAGUAAGAUACAUGACCCUUGCUAUGUCCUUGUUAACUUAUGCUGUCCAAGUUCUUGUCAGCUAUCCUGCAGAAGAGAGCAGAAAUUAUAAGUAUGAUGUUGAUAAAGAGGUAAUUCACAAAUUUGAAGAUUAUGAGUAAGUUGCUGCAGGUAUUCAUGGAACUUUUAUGAGUUGUAUAAACACGUUCAUAAGUGGGGAUAACAAAGGAGCCGCAGCAAGAUUCGUAGCGGACUGGUUUGAGCAGAAUGGUGUUUUCAGAGGUUUUGGAGGCCUAUUUUCCUAUAAAUCUGGUAGUGAUAUGAAAUUUCCACAAGAGUCUCAAGCCUUGUUCAUGACUAUCAUGGAAACCGCAUGUGCAAUUUGCUUGUCCAAUAUGGUGAGACACUCUAGGAUUGCACAUAAGACACUAUGGAACGGGCAAUUAGUUAAUGAAACUGAAGCCUCCUUUCUGUCUUCUUGAGGAUGGACUGAGACAAGGCUUUCGACUACUGCAAAACGGGUCACGAAUGCCUUGAGAAAAGCUGAAAGUCCUUAGUUCGUAUCCUUCGCAGAGCUAGCUAACAGGUACAUAUUCACAGUACAUAUGUCAUCAUCUUUGAGGAGUAUCAGGUGCAUAUAUAUGACGUUUGAGUUGCUCAUCCUUAAACAACGUACCAUCAUUCUUCUUACAACAAUCUAUCUUGUGUAGCACUCAUGAAUUGCUUUCAGUCUUACAUGUACAAGUGUAAAGAUAUCAUAAUUCAUAUUAUGUCCGUCCCUUUUGAUUCUAGCUAUUCCACUUUUUUAGGAUCCUCACUCUCUACGACCACACACCGGAAGCCUAGAAUAUUCAAGAGUACAAGUGUACAACA